CCCGGCUCUUGGUAGGAAUUGGACAACGGGAGCCUUCCGAAGAUAAUAGAUUCCCGGGUUCAGCCUCGGCAGGUAACGAAUUUCUUAGUCAUAGCAAUUAGUAAAGAAGCUGAGUUGAAUCAUUCAGAUUUGAGUCCAAGGUCAGAUUCGCAUUUGAGGCCUGUUGCAUACUUGCUCAGUUUCGCGGCAUAUUGCUCGUUACUUGCCCAGCGCUUUGACGCGAUCAAGCACGUUGCUCCGGCACUGCAUCGACUCAAUAUCAGUGUUAUGGGAUUGACACACUCUUUUCGUCAAUUGUGCCAUAACAUAUUGAUUCAAGUCCCUUCGAUGACACCAUUCAAAGAUUUGAGUCAGAUUGAGUGUCUAGCAGAGCCGGAUAACGAAAUUCCUCUUCUACCGCUACUGCAAAAAGACCUACAGACACGCAUCGAUUUCUUCAGAAUCAUAUGCGAGCUUCAAAAGAGCCUCAAGGAUAUGGAGAUCGAAUUGGAUAAGCUUUCAGAUUGCAUUGCUGGAAGAAUUGAAAAUGAUCCUUGGCAGGUCGAUGCUCUUGUUAAAACAUGCAGCUUUGAUCAAAUUCAGGCCAAGGCGAAGAUUUCCGGGAGUUGUUUCAAACAACUUCCAGCAAAGCUUCGUGAGUAUCUCUCCGAGAAAGAUGGGGUUUCACGAGCAACUUUCGUCGAAGAGCUGUGUGCAACAGAUAGCCCUAUAGAGGAUUCCCUACUUAUUGAUCCUACUGUUUCACGAAGUCGCUUGGUGCGAGGGCUAUCAAGCGAGGUUUAUUGGGCACUCGCGAAAGCAUGUAGCGACCACGCGUCUCACUCGGCUCAGUUCCAGCUGCAGCCUUACCAUGCUAUCAAACGUGGUUCUCGGACAUUUAUAGACUUCCAGGUUCGAUUCUCAGGAGAUAAUACAACUCUAUCUCCAGGUGACGCUGCAUUUGAUAGCGCUUGGCUAUCGAUCAAAUCUCCCUGCAAAGAGAGUCGUUCCGCUGACGACCGAAGAAUGCACAAGGUUUCGAAACUUAGAGCACUCAGCACCAAAAGGAAACUUGUAGGAACAUAUGAUCGGAAUGGUGAAGCAGACUUGUCUCAAAACAAACGAGUCAAACAGCAAACUGAGAGAGAGAUAGUGCAGCUGGAUGUUACUACCAAGUUACCUGCAGCAGGGCACGACUCCAUGCCAUUUGCGGUGUGUUCCAGCUUGGCAAAAGGCGUCGACUUUUCGGCCCGGACCAACUUCUGCAGCCGAAUAAUGGCAUAUAAUCAAGCACAAUGCCUAGACCCACAUCGCUACCUUGGUUUCUUUCGGAUAGAAGAAAAUAAGGAACAUCAGGUAUACUUUAGCAAUGCAUACCAGAGGCUUGGUCAAUGCCAAGUCACGUCUUUCUAUGACGUCCUCGCAACGAUCGUUCGUAUCCCCGAAAGAAAGUCAUUCCAAUACGAACGAGUGGAGCUCGCGAAGCAGCUGGCCUCAGCAAUGCUGCAAUUCCAGAAUUCACCUCUUCUACAGCAUUACUGGGGAGGUGACGACAUCAUUUUCUUCCGCCAUCCCGAAGAUAUAGGAAAAGUUCGAAGUAUACUCUCUGCACCGUAUCUCAACGUGCAGAUCAAGGGUUCUCUGCAGCCAUCGCCCAAGGACGUAGAAGAGGACGAUGCUCUUGAUAACGUGUGCGAAUCAUUUGUCAAAAACGAAUACCUCUUCCAACUUGCAAUACUCUUCAUAGAGAUUGCAUAUCAAGCCGAGAUGGAGGAACUCCUCAGCCCAGAAGAAGCUCGUCUCUGUGAUGAAAACCCGGAGCUAGAGCGAUGGUUCGUCGCUGACAGGCUUUGCAACGACAUCAGCAGUAACCUAGGGUCGCGAUAUAGAGCCGUUGUGCGACUAUGUCUGGACUGCUCGCUAAAGGAUGACCAUCUUGUAGAAGCUGACAAGUACGAACAUAUGAUCUGUAGAAAGGUAGUAAAUGAGCUCGAGGAACUAAGAAUUGCAAUGGUAGAUAUAACGGUUGAUCUACUCUAGUUAUUACAUGACGUUCUAGUUUAGAAUAGCCCUGUAUACACACUAAGAAGGGAUUCCUUAGCAGUGUAAAUUGUCUCACAAUAGCAGCCAGGUACCAUAAUGCACAGAGGUGUCAACGACCAAGCCGAUCAAGUCCUCGUUGUCGGCUUGGCUUGAGGUUUGAUUUGGAGUCGUUGCGCUUGACUUGUUUGACCUGAUUGCUUAUUUAAAGCUGGCUUGGCUUGAAGCUUGAUCUAUAGCGUGAUUGU